AUGUCACAGGAUGCAAAGCCAAUUAAAAAAGAUCCUUUCUUCCGUAGAGUAUUAUUUAAACGUUCGACGUUAGAGGACAGUUUAGGAUUAUCGAUUCUACCAGGAGUCCUUGAAGGUAAUGAUGGCGAACAUCAUACCAUAGAGAACUCCACGAGUCGACCGAUCGACACAAGGCUUCUCGUGCAGGAACUGCAGAAACCUUACCCUUUAGACACUCUCAUUAAGUUAAUUAGAGAAUUAUGUGACUUAGUAACGAAAUACACGUUCUCUGAUAUAACCGAAGUAUGGACAUGUGUCAGUGAAUUACUCUCUCCCGAGAAACCUAUUGAAGCAAGGACUGUCGCAUUUCAAUUCAUGAUCUCCUGUAUCAGAGGUCAACAUACCGAUAACCUAGGAUUUCUGAGAGUGGUAUUUUAUAAUUGUAUAAAAUCUCACAAUAUAUCUGAAGAUUUUGAUAUUAGACUACUGGCACUAAGAGAGCUUUGUAAUGACGGCAGGAACAUUUCUUCAUUUGAAAAAAAUCUUGUGAAAUUGCUUUCUGAGUGGGUCAAUGAGACGGUACAACAAUUGGAUGAUCAAGGUGCUUCCAGAGAGGCCCUGCAAAAUAUUCAGCAGGAGGUAAGUUCCAAUGCAGCAGUUUUAACUGCACCAACUGUAGAAAUCGUGACAGAAACAACCGGAUCUGGUUCAACACCUCAGCUCAACAAUCCAACAAGAUUGCAAUCUGUAGUCGGACUUUUAAAUCAAGUAGUAAAAUUCAAUUUUGCACAAUUCGAAGAACACGACGUUACUCGUCUUGUCGAAGAUAUUGCGAUUGCUUGUAAUAAAUCCACCAAUAUUUCGGACAUAAUUUGUUGUCUUGAUUUUUGGGAUAUUGUGGUACGUUAUGGAUACGUACCCACGAACUCCUUGAACUCAUAUGUACUUGUCCUUUGCGAUAAGGUUAAUCAAAAAGGUGUGAUCUCACAGACAAGUUGGCACAUCAUGCGUAACCUCCUGAGGAGUCAUUGUCAAUAUGGUGCCAUAAAGAUAUUAUGUAGUAAUUUAGAAGAUUCGAAGGUCGUGACUGCUGAAACAACAAACAUCUUGAGGGGUUCUGUUUUGUUUUUGGCAUGGGCUACAUGGGGACGCGAAGAUGUUGAGUCUCUAUCACGCACUUAUUACACUACCAUUCUUUCUGCAAUGAAUAAAUCAACAAAGAUAUACCAGGAUGUUACAGUUCACUUGGAAAUUCUGAUACAAGUCAAUGAUCUCAUUACUAAAAACGAGGACAUCACAUCAUUAGAGUGGGAGAUAAUAUUAGAUAUUUUAAACAAUACAAGUUACCAUCUGUUGGGAAAUAAAGAUGCGAGUGGUGAGGGUGUGUGGAUGUUGGACGAUCCAGUAGGGGUAACAUCCGAUUUGUCUGGAAUCUCGGGGAUUGUCUGCGCCUAUAGUAGAUUGAUACUUCAAAUUCAGUCGUUGCAUGUGUCAUCCUCAUUUAAAGGACCAACUUCACACUUCAUUGGUCUCAUUCAAAAGUUAAGAGAUCAUGUGUCGGAAAAUACAAUCAUCAUGCUUCUCGACUAUUAUGAUUCUGAACAUGCAUUAUACCCUUCGUCGCCGGAUUGGCUUGUGAUGCUGGUCGAUGUGGUUAACACGUUCUUUAUUGUAAAAAAAAACUCUAAUAUUCGUGUAAGAGUUUUGAAGACUGCUAUAGACGUCUAUGAGAUUACCAAGGAUAUAUAUCAGGAUCAGCUUAUGGAAGCAGUCAUCUUGCCCAUGCUUUCAAAAUUGCCGGAAGAAACUGACAUGAGUAUAUCGAAGUGUUCACUGGAUUUCCUGAUUACAGUGCUCAAGGAGACAUCGGCACGUUGGUUUUCAACUUUACUUAGGGUUCUGAUACAAUGUUGUAGGUGUACUUGUUUCUCGAAUGAAUCAAAAACUCCUUAUCUUCAUCUAACAACAUGCAAAUGUGUUGUUUCCAUCCAUGGUCUUAUAACUAUAUUCCAGUAUUGCUUGUAUAAAGUCGAUUUUCUGGAACAUAUCAUUGAAGUAUACUCGGAAAUAAUAAAGAUUCUUGGCGAUUUUUCAGCUCCUGUAGCUUGUCGUUUAGCAUUGUUACAACUGAUGAUUCGAAUGAGAGCAGACCACGACUAUCGAAUCUAUUUUGUAGAGGACAUGAACAUAAUGAAUGGUGCGCAUGUCUUACACCGAGACGGUGUGUCUGUAACUGAACCCAGUAUUCAAUCAACUUCCGAAAAAUCGAGUUCUAACGAUUCUAGUUCAGGAAUAGAAAAGAAGGGUCCUUCGAAAAAAUUUGAGCGUAGGGGUAGUCUGAAAGAAUCAGUUGUAUCUCAAUUUAUCAAGUUAAAACAUUCAGAAAAUAGAAAUAUUCCGGAAGAUGACUCUACAGAAAUACCUUACGAACGAUUGUGGCAAAUACCUGAGAUUCUACAAUUCGAACUUUCAGCUCUCCGUUCUAGUCCUUACGUUCUUUGUUGUAAUACGCCACUGCUGUCAGAUGUCGACCAAUCGCAGGAAACUUCAGAAAAAUUACAAAAAGUUGUCGUUCUACCUUUGUCAGAAUACUUGAAUUGCCUUAUUGAUAUUCUUAAAAAUGAGAAAGACUGGGAAAUUUACUCUUAUAUAUUAUGCCACUUACCUUCACAAUUAAGUAAGCAACAUUUAUUUCAUGCUGCACCUGAACAAAUCCAGGAUUUGAGGACAUAUUUAUGUGAUUCGAUCAAAAACAAUAGGUUAACUGAAGGUAUACAUCUUCCCUCUGAUAUAAAAAAAGUUGAUGUGUACGUGGCGGCCUACCAGACAUUAACCAUUCUUAUCAGCUAUCAUAACUUGUUUAAUAAGGCUCACCGGGAUGAAAUCGUUGUGACACUUCUCAUUGGCUUACAAAAAUUUGCACAUCAUGCAAAACCGUGUGUACAUGCUCUUAAUAUUUGUUUAUUUGAGUUGCCACUCUCUGCCACAAAGAUGCUUCAGGAUACGAUCGCUUACCUAUCGAAGAUCAUAACAUCUUCUACUAUGAGUGUUCAUAUUCUCGAAUUCCUAUCUGGAUUGGCUAGACUUCCAGAUCUGUAUAUCAAUUUCACUGAAGCCGACUACAUGCGCAUAUUUGGUAUCGCAAUGCAAUAUAUCCAAUACAGCCAUGCGUCCGUGAUAAUACCAUCUAACUCGACUAAUUCAGCGAAUCCGGUGAGUUCCAUUGCGAGUCCUGCUCAAAGGACGAAUGCAUUGUUUCAAUAUGAAAGAAUAAUGGCAUAUCAAGUAAUAUAUCUGUGGUUCAUGUCCCUUCGACUUCCUGAGCGUCGAAAAUACGUUACAUUCGUAAUUCAUGGCCUUUUGGUUGCGAAUGGUUCCACGCAGCAAGUAGAUGAACAAACCGAGACAUGUUUCGACAUGUUGGCACGUUACACUUUUGCAGAAUGUGAUCCUAAACCAGAACAAUCAUUUAUCAAUCAAUUUUUGUUGGAACAAGGAAAAGAUAAGGUUAAGUCUCGUACGUGGAUUCAAGGUAAUGCAUUGUUGACGAUUCGAACUGUGAAGUCUCUUGGAUGGGCAGAGAUUGUCAUUCGUCGACCUUCCGGAAAAGUUACAUUUUUAUGUAGACUUGAAAAUCGUAGUAAACUGGAGGAUGUCGACCUUAUAAGUCUGCCUGCAACCUUGAUGGCCCAUUACAAUCCUAUUUCUCAGAGCAUUAUACCUCUUCCGGAGGCCGUUGAAAAUAUAAUUUCCCAAUAUCCGAAGGCUUCCGAUGACUCUAGUGACUCCAAUCAACAACAGGACAAGGAAAGCACAAAAAUAAAUAAUGACGAAAAUCUUAUUUCAAACGAAGGAUCGGACGUGAUAUCUCGUCAAACUCAUCAUAAUCCCAACAUAGGGGAAAUAGAUAUUAGCAAACAAGAUUCAUCGGAGCAGCAACAAUUAUUAGAAAAGAUUUUUACUUCGAAUCCGUUGGGUGAAAAAGAAAAAAUAUAUCUUAAAGAAGAUCCGCAUAUGGAUCCUAGUUUCUUGUUUCUUCAAUUUUCGCCUUACCCAGAUUUCAUAUCUCGAGAGACUCCCAUACCACUUCCGGAUGAUGAUAGCACUGCUCGUGCACUCUCGAUAUUGGAUUUGGCUCAAGUUGUCGAUUUUCAUAAGAUUGGUGUGUUAUACGUUGGAAAGAAUCAAACCACUGAGGUCGAAAUCCUUUCAAAUGUUCAUGGAUCUCAAGGUUAUAUUGAUUUUUUGAAUAAACUAGGAAACUUAGUACGACUAAAGGAUUGUAAACAUGUUUAUACCGGCGGUCUUGACACUCAAUUCAAUACUGACGGUGACUAUGCGUAUUAUUGGAAAGAUGAUAUUACACAAGUAAUAUUUCACUGUGCUACUCUCAUGCCAACAAAUUUGACUAAUGACCCAUACUGUAGUCAAAAGAAACGUCAUAUUGGAAAUGACUAUGUUACGAUCGUUUUCAACGAAUCUGGGCACGAUUAUAGGUUUGACACCUUACCAAGUCACUUUAAUUACAUCAACAUUGUGAUUUCUCCGCACUCCAGAGGGGAUCUAUCACAGCCCGUAAAUUCUACUACAAGAACUAAUGUCGAUACUUUUUAUAAAGUGGUGAUGCAACGUCGUCCUGAUAUGCCAGAAAUUGGUCCCAUCUCAGAAUUUAAGAUGAUAUCAUCCUCAGCUUUACCAACGUUCGUUCUAAUCACCGCAUUACAUGCAAACAUAUUUUCACAAGUUUUCCUUCAAAGUGGUGGGUCAAAAAAUGUCGAGUAUGUAUCCAAUUGGAGAGACCGUUUGAGGCAAAUCAAACGUUUGAAAGAACGGUUCUCCACGACAGCAAAUGUAAGUAACGAAAGACAACAGACAAUUCCUGCAGGCGAUAACCAAACAGAAACGACUAGCAUGAUAUUGGGUUUAGAGCCCACUCUUGAUUUUACUAAAUACACCUGA